AUGGGUGCAACUGGCUCCGGAAAAUCAUCACUCUCCGUUGAUCUUGCUUUACGUUUCAAAGCGGAGAUCAUCAAUUCUGACAAAAUGCAGUUUUACGAUGGCUUGAAGGUAACGACGAACCAAUCGACUAUGGCAGAACGUCGUGAAGUGCCACAUCACCUUCUCGGUGAACUAGACCCGGAGGACGGAGAAGUCACAGCCGCAGAAUUCCGCAACAUGGCGGCUCAAACCAUCUCCGGUAUUACUUACCGCAAGAAGCUCCCAAUCCUUGCCGGUGGAUCCAACUCCUACAUUCACGCUCUUCUUGCAAACUCUUUUGAUCGUGAAAGCUAUCCGUUUUCUCCCAGUGGAUCAAUCUGCUCCGAGUUGCGUUAUGAUUGCUGUUUCAUUUGGAUAGAUGUGGAGCAGCCUGUGUUAUUUGAGUAUCUCUCUUUACGUUUGGACAAGAUGAUGAAAACAGGUAUGUUCGAAGAGAUCGCUGAGUUCCACCGCGCCAAAGAGGCCCCGAACGAGCCAUUGGGGAUAUGGAAGUCUAUAGGGGUGCAAGAGUUUGAUGCUUACCUAAAAAUGUACAAGUGGGACAAUAACGUGGAGAAAUGGGACCAUGUGAGAAAGGAGGCUUAUAAGAAGGCGGUGAGAGCGAUAAAAGAGAAUACGUUUCAGCUCACUAAGGAUCAAAUCAAGAAGAUCAAGAAGUUGAGAACUGCCGGGUGGGAUAUCAGAAAGGUUGAUGCUACGGCGUCAUUUCGGGAGGCGAUUAGGGCAGCCAAAGAAGGUGAUUGUGGAGAUGAGAUGCAGAGAAAAAUAUGGAAUAAGGAAGUGGUGGAACCGUGUGUGGAGGUUGUGAAGAGACAUUUGGAACAACCGAUCAAUUGA